UUUGAAAAGAUGAUGCAAUGCUGUGAAGAAAACAGAAAUCAACCACUGUUAAAACUUUGGAUAGGACCACUGCCUUGUGUGCUCUUAUAUCAUCCUGAUACUGUGGAGGUUAUUUUGAACAGUUUGAAGAAUAUAGACAAAUCCUAUACUUACAAAUUUCUACAUCCAUGGCUUGGCACAGGACUUCUAACAAGCACCGGAGAUAAGUGGCGUUCCAGGAGAAAAAUGAUAACACCCACUUUUCACUUCACAAUCUUGGCUGAUUUUCUAGAAGUUAUGAAUGAACAAGCCAAUAUUUUAGUUCGGAAGCUUGAAAAACAUGUUGACAAAGAACCAUUUGAUUGUUUUCUAGACAUCACUCUGUGUGCCCUGGAUAUCAUUUGUGAAACUGCAAUGGGCAAGAAUAUUGGUGCACAGAAGAAUAAUGAUUCUGAAUAUGUCCAGGCUAUUUACAAAAUGAGUGAUUUGAUUCAUCAUAGACAAAAGGCUCCUUGGUUAUGGCCUGACCUUACAUACCUUCUCUUUCAAGGAGGAAGGGAACAUAAUAGAAGUCUCAAAAUCCUCCACAGUUUUACUGACAAGGUUAUUACAGAAAAAGCUAGUGAAAAAAAAAAGCAUGAUGAAAGAAAAUGUGACUUUGACAGCAACUGUGAACCAAGUGGGUCAAAAAAGAGAAGAGCUUUCCUUGACAUGCUUCUCAAUGCAAUGGAUAAUGGAGGGAACAAACUGAGCUACUUGGAUAUUCGAGAGGAAGUGGACACUUUCAUGUUUGAGGGGCAUGACACAACAGCUGCUGCUAUGAACUGGGCCAUUUAUAUACUUGGAUGUCAUCCUGAGGCCCAGAAGAAAGUUCACCAAGAAUUGGAUGAAGUGUUUGGUGACUCUGACUGUCCCGUCACUGUGCAUGAUUUAAAGAAACUACGAUAUCUUGAGUGUGUUGUUAAGGAAGCCCUUCGUCUCUUCCCUUCAGUGCCAUUCUUUGCCCGGACCUUGAGUCAAGAUUGCUAUAUUAGAGGAUUUAAGGUACCAAAAGGCACAAAUGCAAUUAUUGUUUCUUAUGCACUGCACAGAGAUCCGGGUGUUUUCCCAGACCCUGAAGAAUUCAGACCUGAGCGAUUCUUUCCUGAGAAUUCUAGUGGAAGGCAUCCGUAUGCAUAUAUACCCUUCUCUGCUGGACCCAGAAAUUGCAUUGGCCAACGCUUUGCACAGAUGGAAGAAAAAGCUGUUUUGGCUACUCUCCUGCGCCACUUUUGGGUGGAAGCAAAUCAAAAUAGAGAAGAACUUGGUAUGGUGGGAGAACUGAUUCUUCGUCCAAAUAAUGGCAUCUGGAUCCAGCUGAAGAGGAGAACUGCUCACAUGUCAUGAGAAGAAAGUUUCAAGAGUUUAGAUCUUCAAGUA